GACGCCGGUUCCGGCAGCGCGUCACGUGGAGGAAGCGGCGGGGCGCCUAAGAUGGCGGCGGCGUGAGUUGCAUGUUGUGGGGCCGCCGGGAGGAGACGCCGCCGCGCCAUGGCGGUGACCGUGACGCUGAAGACGCUGCAGCAGCAAACCUUCAAAAUCCGCAUGGAACCGCACGAAACGGUGCGGGCACUGAAAGAGAAGAUUGAGGCAGAGAAGGGGAGCGAUGCUUUCCCCGUGGCAGGGCAGAAGCUCAUCUAUGCCGGGAAGAUCCUGAGUGAUGACGUUCCCAUCCGCGAGUAUCGCAUCGAUGAGAAGAACUUUGUGGUCGUCAUGGUGACCAAGGCUAAGUCGUCGCUGGGCACCGCAGCCCCUGAGGCUGGAGCUGGUGGCACCUCGGAGCCUCCCGCAGCACCAGGGCCCCCCCCAGCUGCAGAUGCUGUCCCCCCGCCGCCGGCUGCUCCCAGCGAGGAGACACCAUCCCAUGACCUCCCUCCACUCACCCUCUCGGAGCCCGGGGCGGGCUCUGUUCCCCCCGCAGGUAGCGCGGGGCGCUCGGCCGAUGCUGCCUCCACCCUCGUGACGGGUUCGGAGUACGAGACGAUGCUGACGGAGAUCAUGUCGAUGGGGUACGAGCGGGAGCGGGUGGUGGCUGCACUGCGUGCCAGCUAUAACAACCCCCACCGCGCCGUCGAGUACCUGCUGACGGGUAUCCCAGGCAGCCCGGAGCCUGAGCGCCCACCCGUGCAGGAGAGCCGCCCCCCCGAGCAGCCAGCGCCAGAAGGGGAGAACCCGCUGGAGUUCCUGCGGGAGCAGCCCCAGUUCCAGAACAUGCGGCAGGUGAUCCAGCAGAACCCGGCCCUGCUGCCCGCCCUGCUCCAGCAGCUGGGCCAGGAGAACCCCCAGCUGCUUCAGCAAAUCAGCCAGCACCAGGAGCAGUUCAUCCAGAUGCUGAACGAGCCGCUGGGGGAGCUGGGCGACCUCGAGGGGGAGAUGGGCGCCAUCGGGGAUGAGUCCCCCCAGAUGAACUACAUCCAGGUGACGCCUCAGGAAAAAGAAGCCAUAGAGAGGUUGAAGGCACUGGGCUUCCCCGAGAGCCUGGUGAUCCAGGCCUACUUCGCCUGCGAGAAGAACGAGAACCUGGCGGCCAACUUCCUGCUCAGCCAGAACUUUGACGACGACUGAGGGGCCGGGGCAGGCGCCCCCCUACUCUCCCCCCUCCUUUGGGGGGGGAGGGGGGUCACGGGGCCCACACUGCCUCCAGGGGGUUCCAUCAGGGUGGGGUGGGGAAUACAUAGCUCUGUAUGGCCCCGCCCUAGGGAUGGGGUGCUGCCUUUUGGGGAGGGGUGGGACUGGGACCCGCCCUGGGCCUCAGCCCCGCCACCCCCCAAGGGAGCAGCAGCAAUCGGUGGGGCCCCUGAAGCAGCACCCACCCUCCCCCCCCCCCCCCAAGGGGGGUGUUCGGCAAAUCGCUUUCUCCUGUCCCCCCACCCCCCCCUUCCCCCAUCCAGCCCCAGGGGGGUGGGGGGGGGGCAGCACCCUAGGAAGAACUACAACUCGGGAUGGGGGGGAAGAGAUUAAACGCAGAAUUUUAAAACCA